AUGGUGUCUCCACUCUCACAGACUCAGCAAAAUGGGUUCCUGGCUGCAGAGGCAAUAUUCGGCCUUGAUCAAAGCCUUGCUGCGUAUCAAAGGAGGCUUCAAGCUGCCACAGCUUUCGGUCUUCUUCGAGGGAGCAUAGAGCGGAACAAAACGACUUUGAGUACACUGACUAAGCGCAACUCCCAAAAAAGAAAACGCGACUACUUUCAAAUCAAUGUUAUGGGUCUUGUGCAAAGCGGCGAGGUGAGCCGUAUCCUGUUGCCUCUCGUUACAAUUUGCUCUUCUCGACCUGAAAGGUCUAUGAACUGGCUUCUUCUAGCUCUAUUCUCCCUUACGGAGGCUUUUGUCUCAAGUAUCAAGGAGCAUGACCUUUCCGAAGUCUUCGCCGAAUUGUUUCCACGUGUGAUAGGCGAUUUUACAAUUUUCCAGGAGACAAGGGAAAUGUUCAUCGAUAUCCUUCGACAGAAAUGUAACGAAAAUAUCUCAGAGAUUGGUCAAAUGGUGUUAAAUCUACUACCAUCGGAAACAAGCACCAAGAAGCGACGGCUGGACGGUGUAACGAGCGAGGUGGAACCGUUGAUACUCAAAUCAGAGAGUCUUGUAUGCCCGGAAACGGUACAUGAGGACACUGCUCCGAAUUUGAACCCCAACAGGGGGGUAGUUUUCCAAUUUGUGGCAGCGCAGGGUGAUAAACUUGAAGGCGUUCUGCCUGGCACCUCUCCUUUUCUGCAGGGCAUACACACCGGCCGACAGUGGUGUUGGGAGAGGCAGAAGGACGCGGAGUCUUCAAACUCGAGUGAAAUGCGAACGAGCGCUAUUUCUGCUAUGAUUCCUGACAACGACCAAGCGGACAUCUCCUUUGUCCUUACGGUAGGAUACAAGGCAGGCUGGGAAAUCGUGCAAUAUUUGGGAUUCCGUUUUUCGGAGACAGAUUGA